UGAGCUAGCAAAAUGAUUAGUUUACGAACUAAAUAUAUUUAGCUAACAUGCUAAUUCACGUGUCGAUAAGUGGAAGUGGACUAUCAAAAUAAAAGCUGUGUGAUACAUGCGGAUCAGAUUAUUUUAUUUCUAAAUAAAACAGUGUGAUGUGCGGUGUUGUCUUCCUCCUGCGGUAUUACAGCAAUAGUUUCCCUUACCAAUAUGGCGGCGUUUUUAACGGGCGAAACUAUGAGAGAAGAAGCCUCUCAUUGCGGGUGUAAUUACACGCCGGCAGGCGGGAUAUAUUGUCAACUAAGGAAUAAGGUUCUGUGGUUUAUAAAGGCUGUUAAUAAAUAGUCGCAGUUAUUGAACAAUGCUUCGUGUUUUCUGAAUCAAUCUCGAGAUAAACCAGAGAUUUCUCCUUUCUCCAACCCUUCUCUGAGCCGCGGGAGUGGUACAGCCCAAGUGACGUCACGGCAGGCGGAGCUUCGAGGGCAGGCUGUGAAGAAGGGGACGGAGGAGUUUGUUGUUGUUGUUUCUCUUGUCUAGCGGAGGUUUUACUGCCGCCUCUGAACGAGCGCUAACUCCGGGGGAACCAUCGCCGCCAGACCCGCUGAGGAACCGGAACCGGGACUCUCCUCUGAAACCCGCAGCGUCGAGCGGAACCAGCCCGGACUGCAACAUGAAGUGGAUGUUCAAAGAGGAUCAUUCCCUGGAACAUCGCUGCUUAGAGUCGACCAAGAUCCGCAGCAAGUACCCGGACCGGGUCCCGGUUAUCGUGGAGAAGGUGUCGGGCUCCCAGAUCGUGGACAUCGAUAAGAGGAAGUACCUGGUGCCGUCCGACAUCACGGUGGCCCAGUUCAUGUGGAUCAUCAGGAAACGCAUCCAGCUGCCGUCGGAAAAGGCCAUCUUCCUGUUUGUGGACAAAACCGUCCCUCAGUCCAGCAUCACGAUGGGGCAGCUGUACGACAAGGAGAAAGACGAGGACGGCUUCCUGUACGUGGCGUACAGCGGAGAGAACACCUUCGGCUUCUAGGAACCGGGCCGGAGUUCGACUCCUCCUGCUGCGAUCCGGUUCUGGUACCGCCGGCCCUGUGAGGGAGCGAUCCUGCCUGAGCAUCUGUUGUCCACCUUUCUACAGAUUCACCUUCAUUGUGGCGCCGUUUCAAUCACUUUGGGUUUGAUGCUGUUGUUUUUUAGAUCCUGUUUGAUUUUCUCUUCUUACGUUUUUUAAGUGACGGGUUUGAAUGAAGUUUGUUUUAAUGCUUUUGUUUUUCUUUGAAUUUAAUUUAAUCAAAAUGAAUUUUAAGUUAAAUGCGUGAGGGUGAGGUAGCUGGAUGACCUAACCAAUAAAAGAUAAGACUGAACGAG